AUGCCAAAGAUCAUGUGGAAGAGCCUCCAUCUUUGCUUCCCUUCAAAUCUCACCAAAUGCUAUACUUCGCCGUGUCUUCCUCCCUCCGCCGCCGCUGAGGACGACGAUCCUAGCCGUCCAUCUAUCGUUCUCAUCAACAACUUCAACCUACUCUACCACAAUAAUGACCACAACAACCACCGUGUCGUUGACUUACCUUCCUCAUCCACCGCCACCACCUUCUCCUCUUCCGCCACGUCAUCAUACGAAUCCGAGAGCCACGACAUUUCUCCUGAACUAUCCGCCGCUUUCGCUUCCCGUCGCUUCUUCUUCUCUUCCCCUGGCCGAUCAAAUGCAAUCACCGACUCACCGGAAACACGGUCAAGAGAACUCUCUGAUAAUAGCGACUGUGCCACUAUCAAGACAACAAAGAACAAGAACUACGACAACACUAACGUUGAUACCACGAGGCUUCUAAGCGGAGGUUCGGCCGUGAAGCAACACGUGUACUCACCGGAUCCGUUGACUGACUUCAGACGAUCAAUGCAAGAGAUGAUUGAUGCCGCCAUCGACGCCGGAGAUCUCAGCCAUCCCGACGACGGUUAUGAUUACUUGAACGAGUUGCUUCUUAGUUAUCUAGCGUUGAAUCCAACCGACAUGCAUAAGUUCAUCAUAAGGGCUUUCUCCGACGUCAUGGUCUCACUCUUGUCGGAAGAACGUCGAAUAUGA